UGGUUCUAAUCCGUCGUGAGCUGGCUGUGUGAGUAGUCAUUUACGUUACGGGAAGAGGUGUCCUGAACAGCAUCAACACUGAACUUCACCGCGCUGAACUAAACUAUUACCCCCACACGUCAGUGAGGACGGUAGUGCCAAGUCGAUGUCGAAAUAGUUGGUGUGUUUCCACUGCUGUGACCUCUGACCAGUCGUUAACGUACGAUAAUGGUAUCCAAUAUUGUCUUGGCACUCACCGCCUUGGCAGGAUUUUCGUCAAUAACAUAUGCUGCAAUUAUCUUUCUUCAUAUUUUAUCAAUAAUUUACUGUCGAAUACAUUGCAAUAAGAAAAGAGAACCGCCUCCGCCAGAUAAGGCUCCGGGAAUUAGUAUUUUAAAACCUCUAGUUGGUAUUGAUCCAAACUUAGCCGAUAAUUUAGAAUCACAUUUUACUGUUGAUUACCCUAAGUAUGAAUUAUUAUUUUGCAUCAAUGAUGAAUGUGAUCCUGCCAUUAGUAUUGUCAAACCGUUGAUGUCAAAGUAUCCUAAAGUUGAUUGUCAGCUGUUUAUAGGUGGUCAUCCAGUUGGUAUAAACCCCAAGAUAAAUAACAUGAUGCCGGCAUAUCUGGCUUCUAAAUACGAUUUUGUGAUGAUUAGUGAUGCUGGCAUAAGGAUCUCUAAUGAAUCUAUACCAGACUUGGUGUUUCAUAUGAAAGAUAAUGUGGGAAUGGUUCAUCAAAUGCCAAUUACUGUACACAGAAAAGGAUUCGCAGCGCUAGUAGAAAUGGUGUAUUUUGGUUGUGCCCAAGCAAGGGUCUACAUUGGUGGUAACUUACUUGGUUUUUUGGUUCCAACUGGAAUGUGUUGCUUGUUGAGAAAGUCAGUGCUGGAAGACGGUGGUGGAAUUGCACAAUUUGGCAAAUACAUAGCAGAAGAUUACUUUAUAGCAAAAUAUAUGUUAAGCAGAGGAUUCAAAGUUGCGAUUGGGUCUUACUGGAGUUUACAGAACCAUGGAUUCUAUUCCAUUUCCAGUCAUCAGGCUCGUAUGGCCAGAUGGUCUAAACUGCGGCAGGCGAUGCUUCCAACCUUGUAUGUAUUUGAUCCAUUGAUUGAAUGCAUAGCGCUAGGCAUAUUUACUGCAUGGGGUUCAUAUUAUCUCUAUCAUGUCCAUCCUGUGGUUUUCUUUUUAUGUCAUCUAUUGGUGUGGUUUUUAUUAGAUUACAUUCAAAUUCUAGGAGUUUAUAAUGAUAAGCUUCCAUUUGGUAAAUUUGAAUUUGCCAUGGCAUGGAUGACGAGGGAAAUAUUAACCAUAUUUACAUAUCUGCAAUCACUUUGGAGCCCAGACUUCAAGUGGAAAACUGGAACAUACAAACUGAAGUGGGGCGGAGAGGCCAUAAAGGUUAAACAAAAGGAUUACACAGUCUUAAAUCAUUUGGUCUAAAUGCUGAAUUCACUCUUUUUAUAACACAGAGCAAAUCUUUAUUUUUACAACAAUUGUUUUUAACUUUGCACAUUCCUCUUAGGCUCUUGCAUUUUUUUAUUUAAUAAUCUGUGGAUAAAUAGAAUAAUAAUUCCAAUGAAUUAAAUCUACGAGUGGGGCUCUCUCGAAUUGAAUAUAAAACGUCGAGCACAAAAUAAUGAAUUUAAUUAAAUGUGGUUAAAUGUGGUUAAAACAGUAAUCAUAAUAUAUCUUCCAUGCAAUAAACGAUAUAGCAUCCUUUGACAGAAGUUGUCAUGCCAAUUUGUGUUCGAUAUUUACAUGAUUUAAAUUGCUGCUAGCAAGAUUAUUGAGCCUAGAACUCAGAUACCAGAUACAAAUCAUGAUAUAAAAAAAAACAUGCAAAGAUCAAUCAAUGACGUCCAACACUUGUGUAUAAUUCGUGUAGUAUGGCUAUCUAGUAAUUGGCAGGACAUGCCACAUUUUUUAAGACCAUGUGCAUGAAACAGACUGAUAACAAAACUAGGGUAAUCACUGGGAUAAGUAUAUCCCACCAUGUUAUGGCUGAUGAUCAUGAAAUGCAUUCCCUGCACGGAACGCAGUCGUGUAAAUGAAGUCAUUCUAAAAUGGUUUUGUGGUCAUGUUGAAAUAUGGCGCGUUAUUAUUGUAUUUGCUUUAAAGCUUUGUUGAUGUGCUGUAUUGUUCUAAAGCUUGGCAAAUGAAAUCACUCCAUAUGUUACCAGUAUUUACAAGCAUGCAUGCUUUGUCAUUCAUCAACACUAUACAUUGGCUGAAAAUACUUAAUAUAUUCGUGUUGCAGAGUGAUAUUUAAUUGUAUUCAAGAAUUGAGCUGAUUUAUUAGAAUCUUAACACAACUUUACAUUUGUGUUAUUAACUCAUCAACAUUUUGUGAUUGAAAUCAAAUUAUUCUCUCACUUCUGUUACCAUAGUAGCCAUGAUUCUGUACAGGAAUUAUGUAUAUGAGGGUAUUUUAUAAUGAGGUCAUAUGAUUACUUCGCCAUAUGACUGAAUAUUUACCACAUUCAUGAACAUGCAUAGCUUGGUAAGAAUUUAAGAUUUAGUUAAUUGUUUUUUUUUAUAUAUUUCUGUUGGUGGUACUUCUUUAAUAUUUUACUUGAUUUUGAAAUCUUGUUGAAAUGUAAUGCAUUAUAGAUUUUUUGUUUGCACAUGUAUCCUGGCAUUUUUAAGGGUAUUAUUGCCACUCUAUAUCAGCAAUACUUCCCACUACUGUGUUUCACAUAGUGUUCUGUUGUGAUGUCAUAUCUACCACUUUGUCGUGUGGUUGAAUUCAGUAACUGAUAAUUUUUUUUUACAUAAAAAUAAUUUCAACUGAUAAUGAUGCCCCGAAAAUUACCAGGAUGUUUGACCUUUGAGGUGGGGGAGGGGGUCAUGCAUCAAGCAAUACAUUUUUAUCAGUGUAUUAUUGUUAAAUGAUGUCAGAACAUUGACUGAUAUUCAAGAAAAACCAGUUAAGUCUCGUUGAUGUGUGUUUUCAAAGCAAAUUAUAUCGGUAGUUUAUACCACAAAUUUUCAUGAAUUUAUUUGUAGUAACAUUAAGUAUAUACAAUUUGAAACCUAUUAAUCUCAGUUGUAUCAACUUUUAGACCCAAUAAAAAUGAUUUAUUUCUGCCCAGUACACAAUUUUUUUUUUCUGGUUUCUGCCAAGAUAUUGUUUGGAGUCCAUAAAUAUUUUUUUUUUUUUUAAUCUUAUCAAAUCACUUUAAUAAUUUUUUGAAAAAACAGCUUGCUUUUUAAUCAUAUUCAGGGAUUUUAUGUUUUAUUCAUGAAUAAUAACACCAUACACCUAUAUUAUACUGCAAGAGACGCCCUAUUAGGUCUUAAUUUUGCACGGUUAGAUACAGAUAUCACUGAGAAAAUGCAACCAAGUAAAUUAGGCCUUGUACUGGCCAUAGUAGUAUUGUUCAGGUAGGAGAAUUAUCAUUCAUGUCUUAAUUACAGUACCGGGUAGUAAUAUGUUAUUGUCGUAUAAUUGCUUUCAAGCAUUAUUGUCAGUGUUCUUCACUAUGGGGGAUAGUUUUUGAAUAAUGACAUCAAAUGGAGUGUCCUCUAUAACCAUUAAAAUGGUGAGGUCAAAUCAUGGAUUGAUAUUCUCUAACUCCUGUGUGGGUGUAUAACAUUAGGACAUCAGGGUGACCUGUCUGUUCUCAAUCAGUUUUUCACUGUUGGUGGGCUAAUAUGGGUACAUAUGGCUAGUGUGGAGCAAAUUGAUUUUAUUUUGAGUGAGAUAAAUUUAGGUGAAUUGUGGCAAAUGUUUACUAGGAUUUGUUAGAUGAGAAGGUACAGUAACUUUCUUAAAUAAUGUUAACCAUAUUACAUAUCCGAAUACAGUACUGAAAUAUGAUGCAGGAAUGUAAUUGUAGUUUUUACCAGAAUUGAAAACUUGUAUUUCCAUGGUAAAUAAACUACAAUUU